AGCUCCCUAUAACAACUGAAACCCUUCUCCAAUUCAUCAGCAAAAAAUCAAUGAGCGUCUUCCGCAAAAAUCCCUAGUUCUACAAGAUUCAAAUCGAAGUAAAAAAUUCCCCCAAAAUAGAAAUCUCCAUUUACGUUUCCGAUUCAGAUGGGCGACUCGGUGAUAACUCGGUCGACACUCGUGGAGAAACUCAGGGAUCAUCAGAUCAGAAACCACAAUAAGUGGUCCUUACUCGGUCUCUUCUCGCACAGACCCUAUAUCUCCACCUGGGUUGAAGUUAUUGUUGCUCUGUUAUGGGCCUUCAUCUUCACAAUGUUUAUGCUUUCAUCGUAUCUUGUCUAUUACCUAAACCAUAAAUGGAUUGCCCUCGUUAUUUUCUUCAUCGGCAUCCUUAUCCCUAUUCGUUUGAGAUCCGCUCGAAAGUACUUAUCAAGGAGGGGCGAUGGAAGAAUGCAGCUACCUCUAUCCAUGUGAAUGGAAUGGUAAGAAAAUAGGCAACACGCAGGGGCAUUAACGUACUUUCAACUGCGUCUUGGAAAAUUUAGAAAAUGGUAUGAAGGGUUAUUGUACAAUUUGACAACCCUUGCUAUAAGAAGUAUAUUGAUCUACUAUAUAAAAAAAGUUAGCAUAUUGACUGUUUGGGCAGAUAAUUGGUAUAUAUGUUUCUGGCUUCUAACAUGAGAUUUUUGACUAUCGGAUUUGAGUUCAUGUCUUAGUAUUUUCGUUUUCUAAAGAAACUUGUUUGGAUGGCAACCGAAAUAUCGGUGGUUUAGAUAUGGAAACGAUUGUGGUGGUUAGAAUCGUACAAUUCGUUUCGAACAAAUAUUAGUAGUGAGAGUAUGAUAAAUGAUACUA